AUGGUUGCUACAACAGCAACGGAUACGACAACAACAGCGGAUUCUACAACAGCAACGGAUGCAACAACAGCAGCCGAUUCUACGGCAACAACAGAUGCGACAACAUUUGCGGAUUCAAAAUCAGCGCCUGCUACAAAAUCUGAUCUUGAAUCAGAAUUGAUUGUGGGAGCAUCAGUGGAUCCUACAACAGCAACGCAAGCGAAAACAUCAACGGAUUAUAUAACAGCCACGAGUGCAACCAAAUUAUGGGAUUUCAAUGCGACAACAGCGAAUGCUACAACAUCAAAGGAUGCGGAAGCAACAGCGGAAUCUAUAAAUAAUACAAUAUCAGUUUUUACAAUAGCGUAUGACACAACAUCAAUGUAUGCCACAACAGCAACGGAUGCAACAACAUUAGCGGAUUCUACAACAGCGACGGAUGCAACAACAACAGCCGAUUCUACAGCAACAACAGGUGCGACAACAAUUGCGGAUUCAUCAUCAGCGCCUGCUACAAAAUCUGAUUUUGAAUCAAAAACGGUUGCGGGAAAAUCAGUGGAUCCUACAACAGCAACGCAAGCGAAACCAUCAACGGCUUAUAUAACAGCAACGGGUGCAUCAGAAUUAUGGGAAUUUAAUGCGACAACAGGAAAUGUUACAACAGCAAAGGGUGGGGAAACAAUAGCAUAUUCGACAGACAAUACAAUAUCAGCGAAUGCCACAACUGCAGAGGUCACGACAAUAUUAGUGGAUUCUACAAUUGCAACGGAUGCAACAACAGCCGGUUCUACAAUGGCAACAGAUGCGACAACAAUACUAAUUUCUAAGACAGCAACACUUCCGACAAAACCAUUGGAUGCUACAACAGCUAAUGAUACAACAUCAGCAAGUUCUCCAACAGCAACGAAUGCAACAACAUCGCUUGAUUCUACAAACGCGACGCAUAAGACAACUGUAGAUUUUACAAAAACAGGUAAUACAACAUCGGCUGAUUUUAUAUCAGCAACUGAUGCAACAACACUAGCGGAUUCUACAACAAUGGGUGCUACAAUAUUAACGGAUGCUACAACAG